UGCCGCGGAGCGGCUGGGCCCGUGAGCCAUGGCCGCUGAGCCUGCGCGUCCGGAGUCUGUGCUCCGCAACGGGAGAGGCCACAGCAAUGGGAGCCCCGCGUACCGCAAAAAAAAAAAAAAAAAAAAAAACAAAAAAAAAAAACCUGGCUUCAUAUGUUCUCUGCUUUCUCCACCCUAACAGUCUUACCCCUCCAAACUAUGAGCUUGAAGGGUGGGAUGGUGCUAGACCUUGAUGGAAGCCAAAGACAGCACAGAAGUAACCUUCUUCCAAACUUGACCCUAUUUGCAGCGUUUGAGAUUGAUGCUACUCUGUAGAGACUGCAGCCAAGGCCUAAGCAGCCCAUCUGGUUUGAAAGUGCUGUUAUUCCUAGACACUCUAAAGACUGCUCACUUCAGCCAUUUCCCCCACUUCCAGGGCCUUCAUCCCCAGCCUGCCCUGCCUCUGCAGACUCACCAGCUUGUUCCUUUUCUGGAAGAUCGCAACAGGCCCUAUCUGGCCCUCAAGCAUGGCUGCCCCAAGUCGUUUAGUAAUUGAGCAGGAAUUGAGAUUAGGAGAUUGUAGCACAAAUACUCUAGCCCAUCCUGAGACAACAAGACAAAUAGUCUGAAAUCACCUGAAAUUUUGAGUUCUUCACAACGGACAGCAGCUGUCCAAGAUUUUUUAAAAAGAAAAAAAAAAAAAAAAAAAAAAGAAAAAAGAAGCAGGAGUUACCUGCCCAGACAGACCCAGUUUACUGAGUCUGGAACCUUUAUAGCAGAAAGUGGGGUUGGGGAGAAAGUUCUCCCUUGCUACAGUCUGCUACUGCCUUGUUUUUGGUGGGUUUUUUUUUUUUGGUUUUGUUUUUGGUUGUUUUAAAGGGAUCCCUUCCUUGGCAAAAGGAAGAGACUCUGAAAUGGACUGAUUACUCCUAUAGACCUGUUGGCUUUGGCCCAUAGAAUUUUAGAAAAAGUUGGGAUUAUGAUACUUAAAAAUUUUGGAAUUUCACACAAAUUCAGAUUCCUGGCUUCUCUGGAAAUAAGCAGUUCAGAAUGGAAAGCAGUGAGUAGAUCUGCAGCUAAGGGCUCACAUGCUCUCAUGGCAAUCACAGCAAGGCCCCAAGCGCUGAAAAUGAUGCCAACUUGCAUACCACAGUUGCUGCUACUUGGGAUUAUUGGAAGGAGUAAAGGAGAGGGAAAGACAUUUGGGGAAUGAAUUUUAAGGGAGGGUUUAAAGUUGGAAGGGUGAAGUUGAAGACCAGAGCAGUGUCCGGUGGAGCAGAAGUGAGGAGGUAAAAAUUCCCCUGAGAAUCAAAAUGUCUGACCUAGAAGGAAACAGAUCAUGUGGUCCACUGGUUCCCAACAAGUGAGACAUGUCCUCUCCCAUCGUGCCCUCCAGGAACAAUGGGGAAUCUUAAGGGGUUAUUCCUCCCACCCUCCACACAGAUUCCAUGGACCAUUUGCAUCAGGAUCAUGUUAAACCUUGGAUUCCUGGGGCCAACUCCAGAGCUACUGGGACCCAGGAAUCUGCAUUUUGACAGACCACCCUGGUCAUUCUUAUGCAAUGAAAUACUUGAAAGCCACCGCCUUAGAGAGUAGAGUGCCUGCCAGAAAGGAGGGAUUAUUAUCUCAUUUUACGGAAGGCUCAGAAACAACAUGGCCCCUUAACAACCAGUUGAUGGUGAUGCCAGGUUGAACCGCCUGCUUCCCAGUGCACUACUCCCGUGUGCACACACUACAGUCUGCCCACAGAUGUCCACCGGAUGCCAGAAUCAGGAUUUCCAAAACCUCUCUCCCACCAUCUACUGUCCCCUCCUUGCGGGCAGGACUUAACUGAACUGGGGCAAUGUGAGAAUUUAGAAGUAUGUACAGGAGAGCAUUCAGCUCAAAACUCCGGGGUUUGUGGGGCUCGCAAGUCCGAGACUGGGGCCUCCAGGUGGGCACAUCUGGGAGGCUGAAUCUGCCAAUAGGUCCCCCUCCUGAGUCCAGCUCCGCAUCUGGGCGCCUCCGGCCCAGGUGCGCAGGAAGGAGGCUGUGGCUGUGUCGCGCAAAGUCCCUCACGGCCGCGAGGUGGCGCCAUAGCUGCAGCAGCGCCCGCCGGCCCGGGCCGCUCCAGAUAAGAGUGUGCGGAAAGCGCGGCGGGGCUGAGACGCGACCAGGACGCGGGGAGGACGGACCAGCAGGACAGACCGACCGGGGGCCCGGCGGGCGGAGGGCAGCGCAGCCACGUCCCCCCUGGAUCCGCCGGCAGCCGGGCCCGGGGCUUCCGACAUGCCCCCCAGGAGAUUGUGCUGGGCAGACGAUGCUGGACACGAUGGAGGCGCCCGGCCACUCGAGGCAGCUGCUGCUGCAGCUCAACAACCAGCGCACCAAGGGCUUCUUGUGCGACGUGAUCAUCGUGGUGCAGAACGCCCUCUUCCGCGCACACAAGAACGUGCUGGCGGCCAGCAGCGCCUACCUCAAGUCCCUGGUGGUGCAUGACAACCUGCUCAACCUGGACCAUGACAUGGUGAGCCCGGCCGUGUUCCGCCUGGUGCUGGACUUCAUCUACACCGGCCGCCUGGCUGACGGCGCGGAGGCGGCGGCGGCGGCCGCCGUGGCCCCGGGGGCCGAGCCGAGCCUGGGCGCCGUGCUGGCCGCCGCCAGCUACCUGCAGAUCCCCGACCUCGUGGCGCUGUGCAAGAAACGCCUCAAGCGCCACGGCAAGUACUGCCACCUGCGGGGCGGCGGCGGUGGCGGCGGCGGCUACGCACCCUACGGGAGGCCGGGCCGGGGCCUGCGGGCUGCCACGCCCGUCAUCCAGGCCUGCUACUCGUCCCCGGCCGGGCCUCCGCCGCCGCCCACCGCCGAGGCGCCGUCGGGCCCCGAGGCCGCCGUGAACACGCACUGCGCCGAGCUGUACGCCUCGGGCCCCGGCCCGGCCGCCGCGCUCUGCGCCCCGGAGCGCCGCUGCUCCCCGCUCUGCGGCCUGGACCUGUCCAAGAAAAGCCCUCCGGGCUCCGCGCCUCCCGAGCGGCCGCCGGGCGAGCGCGAGCUGCCCCCGCGCCCAGACAGCCCUCCCAGCGCCGGCCCCACAGCCUACAAGGAGCCACCGCUCGCCCUGCCGCCCCUGCCGCCGCUGCCCUUCCAGAAGCUGGAGGAGGCCGGACCGCCUCCGGACCCGUUCCGCGGCGGCGGCGGCGGCGGCAGCCCGGGACCCGAGCCCCCCGGCCGCCCCGACGGGCCCAGCCUCCUCUACCGCUGGAUGAAGCACGAGCCGGGCCUGGGCAGCUACGGCGACGAGCUGGGCCGCGAGCGCGGCUCCCCCAGCGAACGAUGCGAGGAGCGAGGCGGGGACCCGGCCGCCUCGCCCGGGGGUCCUCCGCUCGGCCUGGCGCCGCCGCCGCGCUACCCGGGCAGCUUGGACGGGCCUGGCGCGGGCGGCGACGGCGACGACUACAAGAGCAGCAGCGAGGAGACGGGCAGCAGCGAGGACCCCAGCCCGCCCGGCGGCCACCUCGAGGGCUACCCGUGCCCGCACCUGGCCUAUGGCGAGCCCGAGAGCUUCGGCGACAACCUGUACGUGUGCAUCCCAUGCGGAAAGGGCUUCCCCAGCUCGGAGCAGCUGAACGCGCACGUGGAGGCGCACGUGGAGGAGGAGGAGGCGCUGUACGGCAGGGCCGAGGCGGCUGAGGUGGCUGCAGGGGCCGCCGGCCUCGGGCCCCCUUUUGGAGGCGGUGGGGACAAGGUCGCUGGGGCUCCUGGGGGCCUGGGCGAGCUGCUGCGGCCGUACCGCUGCGCGUCGUGCGACAAGAGCUACAAGGACCCGGCCACGCUGCGGCAGCACGAGAAGACGCACUGGCUGACCCGGCCCUAUCCGUGCACCAUCUGCGGGAAGAAGUUCACGCAGCGCGGGACCAUGACGCGCCACAUGCGCAGCCACCUGGGCCUCAAGCCCUUCGCGUGCGACGCGUGCGGCAUGCGCUUCACGCGCCAGUACCGCCUCACCGAGCACAUGCGCAUCCACUCGGGCGAGAAGCCCUACGAGUGCCAGGUGUGCGGCGGCAAGUUCGCCCAGCAACGCAACCUCAUCAGCCACAUGAAGAUGCACGCCGUGGGUGGCGCGGCCGGCGCGGCUGGGGCGCUGGCGGGGCUGGGGGGGCUCCCCGGCGUCCCCGGCCCCGAUGGCAAGGGCAAGCUCGACUUCCCCGAGGGCGUCUUUGCUGUGGCGCGCCUCACGGCUGAACAGCUGAGCCUGAAGCAGCAGGACAAGGCGGCUGCGGCCGAGCUGCUGGCCCAGACCACGCACUUCCUGCACGACCCCAAGGUGGCGCUCGAGAGCCUCUACCCGUUGGCCAAGUUCACUGCGGAGCUAGGCCUCAGCCCCGACAAGGCGGCCGAGGUGCUGAGCCAGGGAGCGCACCUGGCCGCCGGCCCCGACGGCCGGACCAUCGACCGUUUCUCCCCCACCUAGAGCGGUCUUGCCGCCGCGUGGCCCCGGCCCGCGCCCCUAGGCGGCGGCGGCGGCGGCGGCCACCAGCAGGCAGGCACACCGCGCCCGACGACUCUAGUAGCUGCGGCAGCGUCGCCGC